AUGUCCUUCAGCGCUUUGUCGACUGAGUCCGACUUUCAACGCGACCUGGACACCAUGCACGACGCUCUCCGCGCGCUUUCCGCAAACGACCGGGAUAGCUCCGCGUACGCCACGCUGAAAUCCCUGCUGCGAGGGUCAUUGGCUCUAUCUGCUCUUAAUAUUGAGCCCCCCUUCGAUGCUCCUGCGGAAGCACUUCAUCGCUGGUCCAAUAUCUUCAGCGCUGUCAACCGCUGCUUCAUGUGCCUGAGCAAUCUGUAUGAGCUCGCUCGCGAAAAAAAGCAUCGCUUCGGCCAUCUCAUAGAGAGCCCUCCUGUGCCACUUGCUAAAGCUCUGCAGUGGAUCGAGUACAUGCAUCCAGCGAAAGCGGGUCGUCUGCUCGUCGCAUCGGGCGAGCAGCAGUACGACUUUCUGCAUUACUGUGUCUUCCUCCGCAUGCUUCUCGUCUGCGGGAAGGACUAUAUGGCUCGCUUCGUCUAUGAAAACCCUCGCAUCUUCACUAUCACGCUCGACGUAUGGCUUUUCCAUCCCACCUAUAUCGCACAAGGCCAUUACUGCAACAUCAAUUAUGUCGCUAUCACCCUGGAGGUCUGCGCUGCGCAUAAUGGCCUUGUUCUAUCUAUACCCCACAUCGGUGCAGAGACGACGUAUGACGUAUACGGAGCCGAGCUCAAUCAACUGGUGCAUGGGCGCCACUCGCAAUUCCUCCGCUGCCUCAUCGUUCACAUACGUCGUCUCCUUCUCCUGGGCAUCGAGAGCGAGGACUCGAUGCGUGUAUGGUACCACUACUUCCAAACGAUGAUCACCGUUCUCCGACAUGAAUGGCUCAAGGGCGCAAAGAUACCGCGGGAUUUGAUACGACUGGUCAUCGCUGGCGUUCGUCACUGCCUUCGCAAUGGCGAGGCCUUCCCCCAAAUCGGCCGCGACAUCGCAGAUCGAGCCGCGCUUAUACUCGUGGCCAUGAUGAGCAGCGAGGAAAACAUGCGCAAUACAACCCGCGCGUUUGAGGUUGGCGUGAUACCCUUCUUCUUCGAAAUCAACGCGAUACUGGGCCGCCUCGACUCCAUCCGCAAACUGGAGCUUUGCAUAGGGGAUAGCUUCUGGUCUCUCAGGCUGUUGCGGCUUUUCAGACUCCAGCUUCGUCAGGCAGUCGAGUCGGGAGUCGUCUCUGCCCAGCAGCUUGCGAAGGGCAAGAUUCUGGUCGACCUCUCGACCUCCCGGUGGAAGGCCUAUAUGGCCAUGAGGCACAACAGGAACUGGCAAGCUUUGAUCGCUUGCAAUAACACCGAUACUUCCCAUCAUGCGAAAGGAGUCAAGCCCUGCGCAUGUGGCGAAGCUUUCUACUGCUCCGUCGCAUGCCAGCGCGCGCAUUGGGAAGCGUCGCAUAGAAUCACUUGCUCGUACCCGUCCUCUGGUGUCUGUCAUAUGCAUGGCCUCCUCAAAAUCCAAGACGUAAUUCUCCUCGUCGAGACUGCCGUCGCGCUCAUCGAACUUCCCGAUUUUCUCGACCGCAUCACACAGAGCAUCACCUCGAUCUUCAAGGAUCCUAUCGACAGAGUGGUAUGCCUUGUUGUCAACAUGGGAGGGUGCGCGGCGGAGGAGGAAGAUCCUUACGGGUAUGCGGUCGAGAUGGUGGCAAGAGAUGAGAAAGAUGAGGAUCCGACGAGGAUACAGAUCUGGGUCAGGCUCACAGUUGAGGGAAAGCCCGUCAUGCACCGCCUACCGUUCACGUACGGGCCUGAGGAUUUCGGAGCUGGUGCCAUAAAUGUGUAG